AUGACGUUCGCGCACGGUCAACCAAAGCUGCUCUUUCGAAUUCCGGAGCCCGAAUUGGCCCAAAGUAACAACAUUUCGACCAUAAGAGACAUUGACCGAGGCCAUCACAAGCAGGAUGGCUGUAUUGGUUUCGCGCACAUCAGCGAUCUGCGGGUCCUGAGAAUGGAGUAUCGACUGAUUACCACGUCGUUUGCAUCGAUGCUCACGUCCGAGGUGACGGUCAAUUCGCGCUGA